AUGAAACAUUUGGGAAAAAUAAUAUCAUCAUCAGAUUUACUAUUGAUAUAUGUUUCGAAAUUCAAUAAAAUUACUACGAUUAUUAAAACCAAUACAACUAGAAAACCUACUAUAUUAGAGUCAAAUAUAUCUUCAGGAGUUGGUGUAAUAAUUGAAUUUCGUUCUAAUAAUUAUCUUGUUGCUAUUAUUCUAAAUGUAUUUCAUAAUAUACCAUCAAAUUGGAGUAUACAAUUAUUUCAUGGAUCAUCAAAUUAUGAAUUUAUUAUGAAUUCAACAUCUUUAUUAUAUUUUAUAAAGAUUGGACGACUUAUUCUAACUCAAUUACCAGAAUAUACAGGAGCUAGUAGUCAACGUCAUUUAUUUCUUAAUCGAUUGUUAACAAAUGAAUCAUUUUGGAAACGUGUUAUUAAUGUUGAAAAAAUUCUAUUCUUUCAACUUGAUACAGUUUUUUGUUCAAAUUCUCCAUAUAAAUUUUCUGAUUUUCUUGAAUGGGAUUAUAUUGGAGCACCAUGGCCUUAUUCAUGGAUAAAUAUGACUGGUGGUUCACUUGUUGGAAAUGGAGGAUUUUCACUUCGUAGUCGAUCGAAAACACUUGCAUUAAUAAAAACAAAACCUUACAGUUUAUCAAUUUAUGAAGAUCUUUAUUUUGGAAAAUAUAUGCCACUUGUUGGUGGUAAAGUAGCUCCAUUUGAAAUAGCACAAAAAUUCUCAUCUGAAGGUCAACAUUAUAUAAAUUCUAUGGCUAUUCAUAAACCAUUUGGUGAUAAUUAUGGUCGAAUAUGUCAACUUUGUCCAGAAGCAAAUCUUAUUCCACCAUUUUGUCGUUCUCAACCUCCUCCGUACUUUUUUUCAAUGUAA